UUAUUUUCUGGAAAUGAGUUGCAAGAAAAAAAAAAUGAAAAGCCCAAGAAGCGAGGCCCACGACGGAAACAUGGAGAGAUGGCGGAAGAAGAAAGAAGCAGUUGUUAACGACGACGAAGUCCGAUCUACGAGAAAGGAAAGGUGACGAUGGAUUCACAGAACGUGAAACAGUCUUUCCUCUACCUCACCUUCCUCCUCGCACUUCUUCACCUCACGCAUCGCAACCUCUUCCUCCGCAACGAAACGGUGCGCAUCAAGAAGAUCUCCGACCUUCCCCUACGCUUCCGUUCCGACGGUACCUUCAAGAUCCUCAGGUACUUCUCUCUCUCUCUCUCUCUCUCUCUCUCUGCACCAAAAUUAUGGAGUUAAUUCAACAGUUGAAAAUUCUCGGUGUCCACGUGGCAGGUGGCUGAUAUGCACUAUGGCACCGGAACCAUGACUCGCUGCAGGGACGUGUUGGCCUCUGAGUUCGAGUUUUGCUCCGAUCUUAACACAACUCGCUUUUUGAAGCGCAUCAUUCAGGCCGAGAAUCCUCAUUUCAUUGCUUUUACCGAUAAUAUAUUCGGAUCAAGUACAUCUGAUGCAGCAGAAUCUCUGUUUAAAGCCUUUGGUCCUGCUAUGGAUUCAGGACUUCCUUGGGCAGCAGUUUUGGGAAACCAUGACCAAGAAUCAACUAUGAAUCGUGAAGAGUUAAUGUCUUUAAUAUCCCUUAUGGAUUAUUCAGUGUCACAAGUCAACCCAUUAAAUGAUGAUCUCACUAAUCCUACUAAAGGUGGUGUGAUGACUAACAUUGAUGGCUUUGGGAAUUAUAACCUACGAGUGUAUGGUGCUCCAGGGUCCAUGCUGGCAAACAGCACUGUUUUGAAUCUUUUCUUUCUUGAUAGUGGAGACAGGGCUGUUUAUCAGGGAAUUCGAACUUAUGGAUGGAUCAAGGAUUCUCAACUUAAUUGGCUUCGUCGUGUUUCUCAAGAAUUACAGGGACAAAAGCAGGAUCUUCUUCAUCCCACCGAUGCUACUUCCACUACUAAACCACCAUCCCUAGCAUUUUUCCACAUCCCAGUCCCAGAAGUUCCACAGCUGUUCCACAAAGAGAUCGUAGGCCAGUUUCAAGAGGCCGUGGCAUGUUCGCGGGUGAAUUCAGGGGUGUUGCAGACCCUUGUCUCCAUGGGAGAUGUGAAGGCUGUGUUCAUAGGGCACGACCACACCAAUGACUUUUGUGGAAACUUGGAUGGCAUAUGGUUCUGCUAUGGUGGUGGCUUUGGAUACCAUGGCUAUGGGAAGGUUGGGUGGCCAAGAAGAGCGAGGAUCAUACUUGCUGAACUUGAGAAGGGACAUAAAUCGUGGAUGGGCGUGCAGAGAAUAAUGACUUGGAAACGACUUGAUGAUGAGAAGCUGACCAAGAUUGAUGAACAAAUCCUGUGGCAGUCUAGAUGACCACGAUGCUAUUGUUCCACUGUUGCACUUAUGGUUAAUGUCAUGUGAAGCACUCAUUGAUUUGCCAGUGUCCGUCAGAGACUGUAAAUUGUAUCAUUCCAAGAAAUUGGAAACUAUAUAUCUUACUUGAUUUAACGGGUGAUUGGUUGAAAAGGUACAAGCUUGAUUUUCUUUAAAUAAAGUCUCAUGUUGAUCUUUAUUUAUGGAAAAAAUUCCUGUCGGAAGAGUUAGUUC